AAGCCAACACCAUUAUCCACCCAACUCACAAACACAUUUAACAAAUACAAACAAACCCCCUCAAAAAGCAUUCUCAUUCUCCUCUUCCUCCUUCUCUCUCAGUCAAUUCUCUCUCUUUUAUCCCUUCUAACUUGGUUGCUCAAGCAAAUUGGGAAAACCCCAUUUGCACACAACAAACAAUCAGUUGUUUUUGUUGUUCUUCUUCUUCUUCAAACAAGUCUCCAUCAUCAUCAUCUUCUUCGUUUCUAAGAAGAUUCGCUUGCAGAAACCUGUUUUUUGGACCUGGGUUUUCUCUAAAAACAUCCAUUUCCUUUCUGCCUUUGAGCUGAUCGGUUGGUUACUUCUUUAGAUAAGUGGUUGUAUUCAGAGUUAAGAACGUGAAGUUUGAAGGAUAUUUUCUGCAUAUACAUCUUGAAGCAAAUGACAUCAGUAACCGUAGCUCCAGCUUCUGUGAUAAGGGAUCAUGGUGGGAGUACAAUCGGUGUUGAUCGGCUGCCUGAUGAGAUGAAUGAUAUGAAAAUUAGGGAUGAUAAGGAAAUUGAGGCCACCGUUGUUGAUGGAAACGGUACUGAAACAGGCCAUAUAAUUGUAACAACCAUUGGUGGAAAGAAUGGCCAACCAAAGCAGACUAUCAGUUACAUGGCCGAGCGAGCUGUAGGACACGGUUCUUUUGGAGUUGUAUUUCAGGCAAAAUGCUUGGAAACUGGUGAAACAGUUGCAAUUAAAAAGGUUCUUCAGGACAAGAGGUACAAGAAUAGGGAGUUGCAGACCAUGCGUCUUCUAGACCACCCAAACGUUGUGUCCCUGAAGCAUUGUUUCUUCUCAACGACAGAGAAGGAUGAGCUUUAUCUUAAUCUUGUUCUUGAAUAUGUCCCUGAGACUGUUCAUAGAGUGAUCAAACAUUACAACAAGAUGAACCAAAGGAUGCCACUGAUUUACGUCAAACUCUAUUUUUAUCAGAUCUGCAGAGCUCUUUCAUACAUUCAUAAUAGUAUUGGAGUAUGCCACAGAGACAUAAAGCCUCAAAACUUGCUGGUUAAUCCACACACCCACCAACUCAAGCUUUGUGACUUUGGCAGCGCAAAAGUCUUGGUUAGAGGUGAACCAAAUAUAGCUUACAUCUGUUCUAGAUACUAUCGAGCACCCGAACUCAUAUUUGGUGCGACCGAGUACACCACAGCCAUCGACAUCUGGUCAGCUGGUUGUGUUCUAGCUGAAUUAUUGCUUGGACAGCCGCUAUUUCCCGGCGAAAGUGGAGUUGAUCAGCUUGUCGAGAUAAUCAAGGUUCUAGGAACCCCAACCAGGGAGGAAAUUAAGUGCAUGAACCCUAAUUACACAGAAUUCAAGUUUCCCCAAAUUAAAGCUCAUCCAUGGCACAAGAUAUUCCACAAGAGAAUGCCUCCGGAAGCUGUGGAUCUCGUUUCAAGAUUACUUCAGUACUCUCCGAACCUCCGAAGCACAGCGUUGGAGGCUUUGAUUCAUCCGUUCUUCAACGAACUCCGUGACCCAAACACUCGUCUGCCAAACGGACGUUUCCUUCCUCCCUUGUUCAACUUCAAGGCUCAUGAAUUGAAGGGAGUACCUCCUGAGAUGCUUGUGAGGCUUAUUCCAGAACACGCAAGGAAACAAUGCAAUUUUCUUGGGUCGUAAAGCGGUCUGGUAGUAGUCCAAACCCUGCAGUGACACAUAAGCCUGUAGAAAGUAGUAGCUAGCAUAAAAUUACAAAUGGAAGCCCCUAUUAUUUGUUAUUUUCUUCCCUGUUUAAUUUGUUCCCAUUCCCCUAUUAUUUUUUCAUAUCCAUGGCCGCCCCUUGUUUGUCCGUGUAGAAAUCAAGUUGAGAGAUGGUUCUGCUUGGUAUGUUCUUAAUACCUGCCCUUCAUUUGUAGUUAACAAACAGAUUGUAAUUCCUUGUUGCAAAUGAACAUAACCUUGGAAUAUGCUCAGCAGCAAUUUUGCCACUUCAAUUACCAUUUCAUGAAGAUUUGUUCA